ACAUUUUUAAAUUUCAAAAUACAUUUUAUAACUUAAAAAUUGCUCUUAUUGUUCAUUUUAAGUUGUAAAAGUGUCGUAAAAUAACAUAUUUUUAUUUUAAAAUAGGUAAUAAUCUCAUUUGGAUAACAUGAUCAAGGGCUUCGUGAGUUUAGUUACUGGCGGGGCGUCCGGUUUGGGACGUGCCGUUGUUGAUCGCUUUGUACAAAACGGAGUAAAAGUAGUGCUGUGUGAUCUCCCCAAUUCCAAAGGCAAAGAAUUAGCAGAGACAAUUGGAGAAGAUAAAGUUGUCUUUGCUCCAGUUAAUAUAGUAAACGAAAGUGAUGUACAAAAUGCAGUGAAUUUAGCCAAAGAAAAGUUUGGAAAACUUAAUGCUGUAGUGAACUGUGCAGGAAUAGCUGUAGCCUUUAAAACGUACAAUUUCAAUAAGAAACAACCACAUAUGUUGGAAGAUUUUAGCAAAGUCUUACAGGUAAACACUAUCGGUACAUUUAAUGUUAUCCGCUUAGCAGUAUCAUUAAUAGGUGAAAAUGAACCCGAUACAAAUGGUCAAAAAGGCGUGAUAGUCAACACAGCCAGCAUAGCAGCCUUUGAUGGUCAAAUGGGUCAAGCUGCUUACGCUGCCAGUAAAGGGGCCAUAGUCAGUAUGACGCUACCUUUAGCAAGAGAUUUAGCUGAGCAAGGCAUAAGAGUUGUUACAGUUGCACCAGGUAUAUUUAAAACUCCUUUGGUGUCGCACCUACCAGAAAAAGUUGUAGCAUUUCUGGAGAAAUCAGUGCCAUUUCCCCCGAGACUAGGGGAUCCCGCAGAGUUUGCACAGCUGGUGCAAAAUAUUAUAGAAAAUCCUAUGUUAAAUGGUGAAAUAAUUAGAUUAGAUGGUGCCCUUCGAAUGAUAUAGAAUAUUUUUUAAAUAGCUUUUUUAAGAAAUUCCUUAGUGUAUUUCUAGUUUUAUAUUGGACAAUUGCAUAUUUGUAUAUAAAUACCUGUUAAUUCUUG